UAUAUUGCAUUUAAAAUGAGACGUAUGUGUGUUUGAGAUUUGACGAAAGCGAGAAAAAAGAUUUUAGAAUGGUCUAGUGCGGCGAUAAGCGACAGGUUUUCGGGUCGAUAAGUCAAGUUGAAUUGUGUUCUAUUUUAGUCACGAAAUUACUAUAAAUACCAUAGGUUUGAUUUUGAUCGAGGAUUCAGUCGGGUCUGAGAGAAAGCAAAAGACAGACGUAUAUUCGUCGCACUAAAGUGAUCGUUGGAUCGCCAAGUGUUUAUCUUAAGAUAUAUAUAUAUAUAUAUAUAUAUAUAAUGUGUAAAGAAUAAAUAAAGAAUAAAUUAAACUGAGAUUACUCAAUACAUAAAGAUGAUGACUAAAUGUAAUUAAAACGUAGCAAAAAAAUAAUAAUUAUAGGUAGAAUAUAAUAACAAUGCCUCAUACAACUUGUUAUCAUUGUUUGGAUACGAUCUUGCGUGCUAUUCCUAACCUCAACACGAAAGCUUUCGCUUUUCGCUUUUCUCCAUGCGAAAGUAGAUGAAGCAAAAAAAGAGGUUAAAGCACUCAGAACUUUGUACAGAUUCGUGAGGAAAAAAAAACAGAUGCAAGAUGUUAGCUGGUACACAUAACAAUAAGAACAAGAAUACCAAAGAUCAUGAGGAAUGUGAAAAUCACAAGAAUUGUGAGGACUAUUUUGUCACAGACUCGGUCCACGAGAGAUUUCGACGGACAUAUGUUCGUUGUGAUGAUUGUAAACAGAAUAUUUUGGGGAAUGAGACUGCCAUAAGAAAGCACUUUAAUGAUUCACAUCCCUCAGACAAACACUGUCACUAUUGCAAAGGUAAAGUGUUUAUAUAUAGAAAAGUUACGACGAUGGACGAUGAGGAGUCAUCAGAGAGCUUCGUGUAUCACAAAUGCAAACACAAUGAACCACUCGAGGAAAACACAUCAGACAAACCAAUAAGAAAUACUCAGCAGAUCAUCAGUUUUUUGACAUCUAUUAAUUUAUUAUUAUAUACAAUACACUGCGUUUUUUGAUCAAUAAUCAAUGACAAAAAGUAUUCGAUUUUUAAGCCUCCAAUCUGUAUAUCUUACUAUUUAUAAGUGAUUAUGACUCUCUAUUCCAUUAGACUUUAAAUAAGGAAUUGAUAUUAAUUGAUAUUAAUUAUAUAUAUUCUAUAAACAUAAAUAUUGAUAAUAAUUGAUAAUAAUUUUAUAUAAUGAAUAUAUGACAAACAUUUGACUUUUACAUUCCAAAUGUUUUUUAAAAUAUAAUAUCUAGAAAUAAUUUUUUAUUAUAAAUUUCGGAUAUUGAAUUGAGUGUUAAUCAUGUACUUUAUAAUAUAAAUAUUGACAAAUAAUAUACAUAAUAAUAUACAAUUCUA